CUCAUCUAUACGGACAAUUAUUUUAAAGAAGUUGAGUUUGUUAUGUUUCCGAUAGUAUAAAGAAUGCAUUAUCUACAUUAUCUUUUCUUCCUUUCUCUUUCUUUGAUUCGUAUUCAAUAUGCAACUUUAUUUUGCUUCAUGGCUGUCAUUGGCUGUGGCAUUGGUAUCUUUUUCGGGAGCUGACCCUUUACCCGGUAGUCCUUUAAUGCAUCCACCAAAACCACCUUUGAAAGGGCCCUAUGUAGCGCCUACUUCACCUAAAUAUGACUAUGCAGAAGUAUUGCAUAAAAGCUAUUUGUUUUAUCAUGCUCAAAAAUCAGGCGUUUUACCCUAUCAACGACUUGCCUGGCGAUCUGAUUCUUGUAAGGUUUGUGUAGGUGAUUUUGGUGAAGAUUUAUCACGUGGUUGGUACGAAGCAGCCAACACAAUGAAAUGGGGAUUGCCUCUGGGCUGGACAAUGACUCAAUUGGCUUUCAAUAUCAUGGUGUUUGAAGACGCUAUGAAUUCUGUGGAUGAACUGGCAGAAGGUCUUGAACUAUUGAAAUGGGGAGCAGAUUAUAUCACCAAUGCUCAUUACAAUGACACUUAUAUCGUGGGUCAAUUAGGUACAUCAGCUAUUGGCCCUAUAUCGAAAACAGUUGAACUGGAUGUUGACUUCAAUUAUUGGGGUCCACCUGAAGAGUUUGAGGAAUGGGUACCCACAGGCCUUCCUCAUAAAGCAGCCUAUAUCUCACCCGAUAAUCCAUCCUCCGAAAUUAUUGGCGAGUACAGUGCUGCCUUGGCUGCGACUGCUAUCUCCUGGCGAAAGCAUAAUGCUACUUACGCUGACGAGCUUAUAAACCAUGCUAAACGUCUUUAUAAAUUUGCCACAGAUCAUCCUGGAAGUUAUGUUACUUCUCGCGAUAACGCACUUCAAUGGGCUACUUUUUGGUAUCCUUCUACACGCUACGAAGAUGAGCUUGCCUGGAGUGCAGCAUGGAUUUACGCAGCCACCAAAGAUCCUUAUUAUUUAGAAGAAGCUAAUAAAUGGUACACGAAUUCUACAGAUUCAUGGACCGAGUAUUCAUGGGAUGAAAAAGGCGGUGGAUUACACGUCUUGCUCUAUACGAUUACCAAGGAUCCCAAAUACUACAAGAAUGCCAUGGUAUAUUUCAACCAGUUUUUGCCUAAUCCUAAACAAAUUGUCAAGUUUACUCCUCGUGGACUAGCCUAUAUCGAUCAUUGGGGUUCAGUGGGUUAUUCUGGCAACGUGGCCUUCUUGAUGCUGGCUUUUGCAAAAGCUGUUGGUUAUGAGUCACAACAAGCCAAGGCCAUGACAACUUUUGCUAUUCAACAAAUCAACUAUGCUUUAGGUGAUUACGGUUACAGUUGGGUCGUUGGGUUUGGUGAUAAUUAUCCUACAAAACCCUACCAUAAAUCAUCUUACAAUUCUUAUAUUGACUAUCCCAUGCGAGGCGAAUUUCAAGAUAAGGUAGAAGGCGAUUUCUCGGAGUCCAAGACAAAGCAACGAUUUAUUCUCUACGGUGCCGUUGAAGGCGGACCUAACAUUGACGAUACUUGGUAUGAUGAUCGCUCCAAUUACGAAUACUCUGAAGUGACACAGGACUACAAUGCUGCUUGGACAGGUGCCAUUGCUGGCUUGAUUGAUUUCUAUGGUGCUAAUCAGUUUGAGCCUUAUACUGAUUGCGAACUCGAUUUGGGCUGGUCUCAUAAAAAUGCUUCUACGCCACCUGCUUGGCCAGAAGAUGAUUGUUACCAUACAUGUAAUAAGGGCUGUCCUCGUGGUCAAAUGAAAUCCUCUUAUUCUUGGAAAUUAUUGAUGGAGCCUGCUGAAGACCUCUCAAAACAUUUAGAAGUACUUUAUCCAGGCAAAGGGUUGAGUAAGGCAGCUGCUCUUGAAGGUAAAUCCCUUGAAGAUUUGAAAGCGAUGGGUAUUGUGAAUGAAGACUAUAAAGAAGGUGAUCCCUAUCAAGAAGCCAUCGUUGUCAAGCAUGCUGACGACAAUUAUGAAAAAACACCCAAUUCAGCAACAAAACAUGCCAUCUCAUGGAGUUCUUUUGGACUUCUUGUUUAUUCAUUACUUGUCCUUUGUAUCAAAUAAAUCAAAUGUGCGUGUAACCAAAAAUAUAUAUAUA